GACCUUGACUCUGGAUGGGUGAUCGAGGAUGAGCAGAUGACUGGCACCGAGGCAUCAAGGACACUACAUCGACCACUACCUCGGGGUGUGACCAACGUUGAGACAACACUUUACUACCGACCUCGACCCGGACAUCCGGACCCUGGGCUUCCUCUCGAUGCGGAUGAUGAACCACACCAAGGAGGUGAUGACCAACGCCUGUUUGACCGUGGUCUGAAACGGGUGCAUGAUGGUGGUGGCGGCAGCUCAGCCAGGCCCAAGUCGAAGAUUGGUGGUGUGUGGAUGGCGGAUUGUGUUACGCCCUGGGGUGACAAGGCGAGUUUUCCUGUGAUUGCGAAUGCCCGGGACAUGCAGCUGUUUGGGAAGCUUGGCGUAAACGACGUGCUGUACACGUACUCCGAGCUCCACAGUGGGUGGAUCUGUUUGACGAGAAAAUCAGGUAAAGAACUUCAGGAGCGGACCCUCAACAAGGAGGAACGGAAGCUCUUCGACGCCGCCAAGCUGACCGAGAUUCAGAACCUCGAGGGCUCGAAUGCGAUCUCCUUUAUCACCGAUCCUGAUGAGAUCGAGAAGAUCAGGGCGACUAUGAGCCACCGGCUGAUGCCAUCAAGGUUUAUUCUCACGAAGAAACAGCAGGAGAUCGGCAUGGCUUGGAAAGCCAAGGCGCGCUGGAUAUUGCUUGGGCACCGUGACCCAGACGCCCAAGCACUUGAGCGCUAUGCGCCGACACCUGCGACGCCCACCGUCUAUCUGGCCUUUCAGAUAUUGAGCAGUCUUCACUACCGUUUGGUGAUCAUGGAUGUUUCGUCAGCUUUUGGCCAAUCGGAUGCCCACGAACGUGAACAAGGUGGCAACAAACGCCAUGAAGCUCUCAUGGAGCGACUGCGGCAGCGUUUCAAGUUUGGGAAAUGGAGAGAGAUAUUUGGUGGUUCGGGCGAAUACCUAGGGAGAACUGUCUCCCAGAAAGACGACUUUGAAAUCACCGUCUCCAUGGAACGGUAUGUCCGGGAGAAACUCCCAAGGGAGAUGGUGAAGGACGAGACCCGACAGCUGAACGAGAAUGAGACUACGUUGGUCCGUGGCGCAGGGGGAUCACUCUUGUGGGUCGGACGAGAGGCUCGACCAGAUGUGGCCGCGUCAUGUGCAAUGACCAUGACCUGGGGAAAAGAAGGCCCGACAGUGCAGAACAUCAAAUUCUGCAACAAGGUGAUCCAGGAGCUCCACAACACGAGCGGGGCCUACCUUCGCAUCUUGCCCAUCGGCCUCGAAGACGGCAUUUGGCUGGUCUUCUCGGAUGCGAGCCUUGGGAACGAUGGCGACAAAUCCCAGGGCGGCUUCAUGGUUGCAUUUUGCGACCGGUGCAUCAUUGAUGGCAAAAUUGCUCGGCUUUCCAUCAACAGCAGGAAGAGCCACAGACUGCGGCGAGCAGUCAAGGCUUCACUUGGAAGUGAAGCACUGGCGCUAGACGACGGACUUGCUGAACUGGAGUGGGUGAAGGCUUUGUUUUGCGAAGCAGUCGUCCCUGGAACCUGUGUCAGUGAUGGCACGCGCUACGGCGAGGAUGAGACCAUCGCCGUAGCCCGCAUGAUCGACGACGGGGAUCCCACGGUUGGUGUGACAGACGCCCGGGCCCUCUACGACCUGUACCACCGCCGAUCAGGGGCAGCUUGGUUGUGCAGGCGGGCUCAACUGGACGUGGCUGUGAUGUCCAAGUCAGCUGAGGUGCUGCGCACCAAGGUGUUCUGGAUCCCUGGAGCGAACAUGCCAGCUGACUGCCUCACCAAGCGCCUGGGAAACUCCAGUCUCAUGCGAUGGCUGAUGGCAAAUGCCAGAUAUGCCCUCACGCAAGACAGCUUGAGCAUGCUUUGGGAGACCCCCCUUGAUGGAUGUGAAACCAAGCAGCAUGUGCCCCAAAGCAUGUUUCCUGAAGUGUCUUGUUAG